GAUAAAUUACAAAGAUAUCUAAGGGUUUUUAUAUUUUCAUGUUAAACUUGAGAAUGGCUAAUUAUAGUCUGAUAAAUUCAGUUGUCGUAGUAAUUUUAUUUUGGUUUUCAGCAACUGCAGCAGCUCGUAAACAAGACGAUGGAAUUUGUAAAUCCAUGGCAGUUUCACAAGGCUACAUUUGCCAAGAACAUAAAGUUACGACAGAAGACGGUUACAUUCUAAGCAUGCAGAGAUUGCCUGCUGACAGCUUUGGUACGCCAUCAUACAAACCGCCAGUUCUACUGCAACAUGGAAUUCUAACGGAUGGUUCAAUAUGGCUAUAUAAUUCUCCAAAUCAAUCUUUAGCUUUUAUACUGGCAGACAAUGGGUUCGACGUAUGGAUCGGUAACAGCCGCGGGACAACACAUAGCAAAGGACAUACCUCGCUUUGUCCUAAAGAUCCGGAUUAUUGGAAUUGGUCGUGGGAUGAAUUAGCUGCAUUUGAUCUUCCUGCUACAAUCAACUAUGUUCAUAGUCAGACAGCACAAAAACUUCACUAUGUUGGCCAAUCCUUGGUAAAUGGAAGUUUGACGGUUUUGGCCGCCCUUUCGCAAGAAAAGUUGUUAAAUACGGUAGGAGCAGUUGCUUUAUUUACCCCCAUUGCAUACCUUGGUCACACCAAAUCAUUAAUGGCUAAAGCCGUUUCCAAUUUAUUUUUAGCUGAGGCAUUCUAUUGGUUGGGUCUGCACGAGUUUUUGCCAAGUGGGGUUGCUACUUCCAUGUUGUUUGAAGACAUUUGCAAUAAGCCUGGGUUUAAUUGUUCUGAUAUAAUGUCUGCUAUUACAGGCCCAAAUUGCUGUAUCGAUCCUUCAAGUGAACAUGUUCUCGAACCUCAACCAACUGCCACAAAAACUAUGAUCCAUUUGUCCCAAAUGGUGAGAAGAGGAAAUUUAGCAAUGUAUGAUUACGGGAAUAUAAUAGAGAACAUGGUUCACUACAAGAAAUUAACUCCACCAACUUACGAUCUCACUAUGAUUCCGAACGAUAUUCCAUUAUUUCUUGGGUGUGGAGAGAAGGAUUUUCUAGUUGAUGAAAGGGAUAUGCAGAUUUUGCUAAACAAACUUCAAGAUCAUGACACCGACAAGCUAACGGUACUGAAGAUAAAGGAUUACGCUCAUGCCGAUUUCCUAUUCGGUUUUAAUGCGAAUCAAGUUGUUUAUGAACCUCUCAUAGAUUUUCUAGAUUCAAAUUGAUCAAUGAUAAAUAUAAAAAGGGAUUUAUAUCUAUCAACAUAUUAUUAAUGUAUUCGUGAUGUGAGUUACAAUAUUAAUUAUAUGUCAAUCCAAGCGUGGUACAACGAUGCCCUUUGUUAAAA